GUAUCAGAGUGUUGGUGUGGUAUAGUAGGAGAUGAUAUAAGAAGAAGGAGGAGUGUUGAGGGGAGGUGUCACUCUCCAGUUCGAGAUAUAUCAUCGCAACAACAUUGUAGAUUGCCUAUUCCCUACUGAGAUCUCCUACACCAGUAUACAUAUCGUUACUCAGUUUCUCACUACCUCACUGCACAGUCAUGUCGACCUCCGGCGGCCUUUUCAUCAUCUGCUGCACCGAAUCCACCACCUCCGCGCUCCUCCACCCGUCCCAUCACUUCAACACCACAAGCGCCACCAUGCUCACCACAAACGGUGGCCGUGUGACGCAAGACGCCAUAAACAGCAUCUACUGGGCCGACCAAACCACGCCGUUGGGGUUGGUCAUCGUGAUGGGCCAUGCUGGUUGCACACACCUCACAACCACUCCCGAAACCACCAUCCGCACCGACAUCAGCGCCCUAAAAGGCAGUCCCUACGUCCGAAAAGACAUUCAGAUUGUGGGAUACGUGGUAGAUCUGUACUCGCGAACUCCAGGUACCCCGGCCACAGAUGCGAGGCUGAGGGAGGUUAGUGUACCGAACAGGGGCGCUUCGACUUCAACAUCGGCAUCGGCGUCAGGACAGCAACGCACGUCGAACCAGGGAGAAAGUAUGGGUCCGUUUUGGAGUUGAGUUGAAUUGAGCUGAAUAGGAAAUUAGACGGGAAUACAUUGAGCUAUCUAAUUUAUUUGACGUUGAUGAUGAGAGAAGAAAUGUGUCGUGACAGUAUAUAAAACCAUGAUUCAUUACAAGUCAAUAUGAGCGGGCCAACAAAUACACACAUCUACAUGUCAAAGUACUUCCACCACCAUCGUAUUUAAGCCCGCCUUACUGCCAUCCAAUCUAGC